ACAUCCUCAUAGUUAUGAACAUUGCCAAAAUAGUGAGAAUGUUCAAAAUAUAGAUCCAUUUAGAAAUAAAUGUAAAAAUAUAACUUUGAAAAAGUUUUGUCAAGAUACCAUUAAAUCGAAAAGUGAUGUAGAAUUGGUUAAUAUUAAUCAACAGUCUAGUAAAAAUAACAUUAUAAAAGUUGAAAACAAAUUUUUAACUGCACAAAAUAGAGAAAGUGAACUGAAUAAUACUAUCCCCAAUAGUUUGCACGUUAAUCAUAGAGAAUCUCAAGUUUUUAAUUCCGAUCAAUGUAAAUUGUCUUCUUGGGGCCUACCAGAAGCCGUCCUUGAAAAGUACAAAUCAAAGAAGGUAACAGAAAUGUUUCCAUGGCAAGUGGAGUGUCUGAGCAAUAUAAGUGUCUUAAAUGAUCGUGCAAAUUUGGUUUAUUCUGCACCUACUUCGGCAGGGAAAACAUUAAUAGCUGAAAUAUUGGCUAUAAAAACAGUUUUGGAAUAUCAAAAAAAGGUAAUUUUUAUUUUGCCAUUUGUUUCCAUAGUUAGAGAAAAAAUGUACUACUUUCAAGAUAUAUUAGGAACUAGUGGAGUGAGAGUAGAAGGUUUCAUGGGGUCAUAUAACCCUCCGGGUGGUUUUAACUCUGUGCAAAUUGCAAUUUGUACAAUCGAAAAAGCAAAUAGUUUAAUAAACAGACUGUUAGAAGAAGGUAAUUUAUCUUGUAUCGGGGCUAUACUUGUUGAUGAGGUUCAUUUAUUGGGAGACCCAAGUCGAGGAUAUUUAUUAGAAUUACUUUUGACUAAGCUUAGAUACAUUUCGAGAAAAGAUAAAAGUAUUAAUAUUCAAAUCAUUGGUAUGUCCGCUACACUCCCAAAUUUAAACCAUCUCUCUAAGUGGCUAGACGCUGAACUUUACACUACAAAUUUUCGUCCGAUACCUCUGCAUGAACAAGCACAUGUGUGUGGCGAAAUAUAUGACAACAAAUUAAAGCUAGUACGAAAACUGUCACCUUUACCCGAAUUGGGUACAGAUACUGAUAAUAUAUUACAGCUGUGCUUAGAAACAAUCAGAGAUUCCUGCUCAGUUCUCAUAUUUUGUCCAACUAAAAACUGGUGUGAGAACUUGUCACAGCAAAUUGCUACAGCUUUCUUCAAAAUCGGAAGUUCCAAAUCUAAAUGGGGAGACCUUCUGCAUUCACAGUUAAACACAAAUUUAAUUAUAGAACUCUUGGAACAGCUCAAGUACUGCCCUGUGGGUUUAGAUGCAAUUCUUCGGAAAACUGUGUCUUUCGGAGUAGCCUUCCAUCAUGCUGGAUUGACUAUGGAUGAAAGAGAUAUUAUAGAAAGUGCUUUUAGAAAUGGAGUCCUAAGGGUACUAGUUGCGACAUCAACUUUAUCUUCUGGUGUUAACCUGCCUGCUCGUAGAGUUAUAAUUAGAACCCCUAAUUUCCAUGGGAAACCUUUGGAUACCCUCACUUACCGUCAAAUGAUUGGCAGGGCAGGGAGGAUGGGUAAAGACUCUGUAGGUGAAAGCUUACUUAUCUGUCAGAAAAACGACUAUAAAAUUGCGAAGGAGUUAAUGUCGGCUCAUUUAAAGCCAGUCGAGAGUUGUCUUGAAGGAGCAGGCAAACUUAAAAGAGCUAUUUUAGAAGUAAUUGCAAGUGGAGUUGCAUCUUCUCCAGAAGAUGUCGCUUUGUUCACUCAGUGCACUUUACUGGCAGUAGAAGAUGAAGAUUCAGAAGACUUAAGUAAUCCUAUAGAAGAAGCUGUUUCAUUUUUGAGGAAGUAUGAAUUCAUUCGACUGCAGAAGCAAGAAGAUGGAAAGGAGAAAUAUGUAGCGACAUCUUUAGGCAAAGCAUGUUUGUCUUCGUCCAUGGCACCAGAUGAGGGUCUAGCAUUAUUUACGGAAUUAGAAAAGGCACGUCAGUGUUUUGUAUUAGAAACCGAGCUACAUUUGAUAUAUCUCGUAACUCCAUACAGCGCCUGCAACUCAUGGGGAAACAUUGACUGGAUGUUUUACUUAGAAUUAUGGGAAAGAUUGCCAAGAACGAUGAAAAAAGUAGGGGAAUUAGUGGGGGUCCAAGAAUCGUACAUUGUAAAUGCUACUAGAGGAAAAACGCAGACAAAUACUAACAAACUCUUUCACAAGUUGAUGGUACAUAAGAGAUUUUUUAUAGCUUUGGCUUUGCAAGACUUAGUAAAUGAAAAACCAUUGAGUGAAGUGUGUGCUAAAUAUAAUUGUAACAGAGGCAUGCUUCAAUCUCUUCAACAGUCCGCUUCAUCUUUUGCUGGAAUGGUAACGUCUUUCAGCCGUCAACUAGGAUGGAGCAGUGUGGAAAUAUUAAUAUCGCAAUUCCAAGAUCGUCUGCAAUUUGGCGUAAGUCGAGAUUUGUUGGAUUUGAUGCGAUUACCCGUUCUCAACGGCAAAAUGGCCAGGAUUCUGUACAACGCCGGUAUGGAAACUGUUAUACAAGUUGCAAAUUCUGACCCUGCAACUAUUGAGAAUAUUCUCCAUAAAGUGGUUCCUUUCCAAACUGAAAAAGGACGUGACGGGGAAUCAGAAUUCGACAAAAAACAGAGGAAUAAGUUCAGAAAUGUCUGGAUCACUGGCAAGGAGGGAUUAACUGAAAUGGAAGCAGCUGAAUUGUUAGUUUCAAGUGCUAGGCAAUACCUUAAACUAGAAAUAGGUUUAGCUGAAGCAAAAUGGGGAAAAAGAGUAGAUGAAAAUGAUUCAAGGUGUUCAGAAGAAAGUGAAGAAAACAGUAGUGAUAAAGAUAUAUUGCUUCAAGAAUUAGUUCCAAUGAAUUCAGGAGAAAACAGUGUACCUAUUAAUGAAGAUAAAACGCCCAUUUCUCAGUUACUUUCAAAAGAAAAUAGCUUAUUGCCGAGUAGCUUGAACAGUGCUGAAUUAUGUAUCAAAAAUAAUAACUCUGAAACCUCUUUGGCAGACAUAUACAAUGUCUCAAGUGAUAUAUCUGAAAAAAGUGUCACUAAAAUUGAAGAUGACGAAAAUACUGAGGAAAGAAAAUUUGGUACAAAGACAACUGGUACUACUUCUUCAUGUGACUCAACAAAAAAAACUUAUGGAGAUGCAGGAACUGAUAAAAAAGAAGAAAGCUGGUGUACUGCUAGCUUUUUAGAUAUAAAUUUGACCAAGAUUGAAGAAAACCUUAUAGAGAGCAAACAGUCAACUGCAACAGCACUUUCUAAUCAUAAUUCUUUCAAAGUUCCACAACAAAGUUCUUCAAAAAAUGAAGUUUCUCACUUACUGAUGUCUCCUCCUGUUGAAUUGAAUAUAUCGGAUUCUUCUGUUAUCAGUUCACGAAGCAACCAUAAUGUUUCUAAUCAAUGCCAGUCAGACCAGAGCCUUUUUAAUGACAGUUUUAACUUACAAUUAAGUGAAAGCGAUAAAGAAUCAUCGAAAGACAGUGGAGUGAAAGAAUUAAAUAACCAUAACAUUAGUAAUUUAUCCGACACUGGUGAUUAUCUCGAUAAUGCUUUUUCGGUUUCUUUCAAUACUAAUCCAUCCAAUGUUUCAAACAUAUCAGAUGACAUUCUUACGUGUUCUAUAGAAGAAGAGACACCAGUGUCUUUAAGAAAAAGAAAAAAUGGCGGUGUUGACCAAUGUUUCACAACUCCUUCUAAGAAGAAAAAGAUUUCGAAGUCAAAAAUUGGAAAACCGCCACCACCGAAAGAAAAACAUGAGAGCUUGUCUCAGGAACAACUAAAUUCCUCUUACAUUAGGAAUAAAUUAACAGAAGAUUCUGCAGCAGAUUUCAGUAAAUUUGAUAUCAUUAACGUCUGCGCCCAUGAGUCGUUGUUGGAGUUAUUCGCCAAAGAACUGAAACAGAAAGAGCGUUUCUCUCUUUCUCUAGCCUGCAGCAAAGUAGCAGAAAAACGACCCGUUAUAGGGAUGAACAUUGUCAAUCCUGAGGGAAUUAAAAAUGAGUGCCCAAAAGAAAACAAAUUUUGUUGCAACUAUAGGAAAGUAGACGGGUUCGCUGUAACAUGGGAUGGGUCCAACGUUUUUUAUCUUGCCCUGUCGGAUGACAAUUAUAACAAAAAAAUCAUAAAAACAUUUAAAACCUCUUUGUCGAAUAAGAACGUGUGUGUUGGGAUAUUCGACUCGAAAGAACAAAUCAAGCUGCUCCACCACUGUUUCGGGAUAAAUUUUAAGGGUAAAAUGGAAGAUCCCAAAAUAGCUGACUGGGUUUUGGAACCAGAGGGAAAGGAAAAGAAUUUACAGGCCAUGACAGUUAAAUAUUGCCCUGAAGCGGUCAAACUGUCACAACUAGCAGGAGGCUGUAAGGGAGUUGGGAGUGUCGCUUUAGACUUGUACAGUUCAAUAGAAUCCAAAGUUCGUGCCUCUGUAGAGGCAAUUGUGAAUUGGCACUUAAUAAUUUCACUUAAAACAAUUUUCAAAGAUACGAAUUGCCUAAAUAUGUAUGAGGUCGAAAUGGAUACUAUGUUAUGUUUGGCAAAAAUGGAAAUAAACGGAAUAAGUGUAUGCAAAGAUUUGCUUCAGAAAUUGGUAGAAUCUUUGAAACAUCAAAUGGGUAUGAUUGAGAAAAAGGCCUUCUCAUUGGCGGGAAGACAUUUUAAUUUCGUAUCAUCGGCAGAUGUUGCAAAAGUUAUAGGUAUGUUCAGAGGAAGAAAAGUAAGCACAAGAAAACAGGUCUUAGAACAAAACGAACACCCAAUUUCCGAUCUAGUUCUGCAGUGGCGCAAAAUAAACUGUACCUUAACGAAAAUGAUUUAUCCACUGAUACGAAUAACUGCGGAUGGACGCAUCCGAGGCUGCUAUAUCAAUCACACUGCUACGGGACGUAUAACUAUGCACGAACCGAAUUUACAGAACAUCGCCAAAGACUUUGAAGUAAUCAAUCCAGUAACUAAAGAGAAAAUUAAAAUAAGCUGCCGAAGUGCUUUCCGAGUUCCUGAAAAUCAUUGCUUGAUUUCCGCUGAUUACUGCCAAUUGGAGCUGAGAAUUUUAGCUCACUUGUCCAGAGAUGAACUGCUAAGAAACAUUCUUAUAAAACCAGGGGAUGUGUUUAGGUCUAUCGCCGCCAAGUGGAACAAAGUGGAAGAAGAUGAGGUUAACGACACGAUGAGACAAAAUACUAAACACAUAUGUUAUGGAAUUAUUUAUGGUAUGGGAAGUAAAACACUCGCAGAACAGUUAGAAAUUGAUGAGAGCGAGGCAAUUUUGUUUAUGGAUAGCUUCAGGAACACGUAUCCAGGAAUUAAAAAGUUUAUUAAAGAGACCAUUGAUAGUUGUCGAGAUAAGGGUUAUAUAGAAACCAUUUCAGGGAGGAGACGAUAUUUGCCACAUAUAAAUGAAGCAAAUACCACCAAACGAGCACAAGCCGAACGUCAGGCGGUAAAUACCACUGUCCAAGGCUCUGCCGCAGAUAUUGCCAAAAAGGCUAUGGUUAAGAUAGAACAGGAAUUACAAGAAGUGUUUAGUAAAACAAAAAACAAACCCAAAUUGGUGCUACAUUUACACGACGAACUGAUGUAUGAAGUACCAACAAAGUACGUUAAGAAAGUUGGGAAAAUUAUUAAGAAGAACAUGGAAAAUUGUGUACAGCUGUCUGUACCGUUUCCAGUGAAACUGAAAUCUGGAGUGUCUUGGGGCGAGAUGACUGAGUAUAUUCUGUGAUAGCUUUAUGAUUUUUCACAUAUUUUAAUUGUAUUCUUCGUAUUUGUAAUUUUCAUACUUUUUUACAAUUUCUUUAAUUAUAUUGUGUGCUUCAAAAUGACUACGGCAACUAGUCAAAUGUAAGAUCUAUUUAUUCUAUAAUUUUUGUGUA